GGAAAUUAGAGGUAUUUCCCGAAAAUUUGGGUGAUUUGUAAUUUCCGUUGAAUACCACUGUAGAAUGUGCCGUGGGGUAGUAAAAUAUGAAAGAAAACUGGCUGUGCAACGAAUAACAAUUUUUGAAUGAGUCAUAUGUAUCAAAAUAAAUAUACAGCCUUUUAUUAAGUUAAUCUAGAUGUACAAUUUCUUUUAUAUAUCAAUUGAAGAGUGUUGUGUUUCGAGUUGACCCAGAAAAUUGAUAAUUUAACUUACUUAACAGUAAUUAUAACAGAAAAAUGAUUCAUCUAUUGUUUCUGUCAGUAGUUUGUGAAAUAAGAUGCUGAUACAAUGAAGUCAAGUCAUGGCUAAAUCCACAUUCAGUAAAGUGGAUGAAUAUGGUUUUGAACGUCCAGAAAAUUUCAACUAUGAAGUUUAUGAUAAUUUUAUGUCCGGGUACAUUAGAGUUUUGACGAGAAGGGCACAAAGAUGGAGCACUGUAAAAGGUGACAUAUACAGAAAACCAAAUGUGCUAAAAAGAUUCAUAAGGAAAGGAAUACCAGGCAAUCAGAGGACUGCUGUGUGGAUGAGAGUGUCUGGAGCUGAGAAUUUGAGAAAUUCCACAAACUUGAGUUAUGGUGCCUUGAAAAAAAAUAUUGAUAAUCAGCAUAUUAUUGACACUAUACAGAUAGACUUACCCAGAACAUUUCCAGAAAAUAUAUACUUCAGCAAUCAUGAAUACCUUCCAAAAGAGUUGUUCAAUGUACUAGCCACAUUUGCACACCAAAACAAAGAAGUCAGCUACUGUCAAGGUCUGAACUAUAUAGCGGGGCUCUUGCUGUUGGCUACCAAAGAUGAGGAAGCUUCUUUUUGGUUGCUGAAAGCCUUAGUUGAGAAUAUUCUACCUCAGUACUACAUUGUGACAAUGACUGGCCUUCUGACUGAUCUCGAUGUUCUUGACGAAUUAAUUCUUAAGUAUGAGCCAUUAGUACACAGACAUAUCCAUAAUGUGGGCAUGCCUUGGGCCAUGGGUACUACCAAGUGGUUUAUUUGUCUUUAUUCGGAGGUACUGCCUGCUGAAACUGUGUUCAGGAUAUGGGAUUGUCUAUUUAAUGAAGGAUCUAAAAUUUUAUUUAGAGUAGCAUUAGCCCUCAUAAGGUUGCACAAAGACCAGAUUUUACAAACCAGUGAACUGGGGGAACUGAUUGGGUGCUUUAGAGACAUGCGAAACCAUGAGACUGUUAUAAACUGUCAUUUGUUUAUGCAAGAGGUGUUUCGACUAUCUGGAAACUUAUCAAAAUGCUACCAUUUCUAGAUUAAGGCAAAAAUACAAGAAGUGAACAAAAGAAAACAAAUUUUGACUUUAUUAUGCACACAAAUCUAGUCUAUUCUAUGUAAAAUCUUUAUUAAGCUUUUUAUCUAUAUACAAUUUGAAUUUAAUAAACUAUUUUAAUUUC